AUGGAUGAAGUGAAUUCUGAAUUUCAGGAACUAGAUGAUCUUUUCAAUACACACUUUGGGUUGGAAUCAGUUGCCAAUUCACACUCAGAUUUUGAGGAAAAUCAUUUAACAAGCGAUCAGGAUGAAACACCCUUUGAUCCCAAUAGAUUAGACAGAAUACGCAAUUUUGUUCUUUCUCAAUCAGAAAAUGAAUCGUCAGACUGUGAAAGAGAUGGCGAAAAUGAAAAUGACAUGCCUUCAGAACUGAAUAACAUUGAACGAAAUUGUAAAUGUGGCCAGCGUUGCUUUUCAAAGUUUGAGAAUGCCGUAAUUCUUGACCAUGUAUUUAAUGUUAGAGAAAUGGAAAAAGAUGUUAAGGAUUUAUACAUCAUGGGUUCUAUUAGCAUUACCGGGUCUUCUGUUACUCGAAAAGGAUCAAGAUCCCGAAAUUCGUACCACUAUAGUUUUCGAAAUGUGAAAAUAUGUAGAUCGACUUUCCAGUGUUUGUUUGAUGUGGGGAAAAAGUGUCUCUCGAAUAUCUUGAAACAUUAUUCAGCAAAUGGGGCCGUCCCUAGACGACAUGGAAAUCAGGGAAGAAAGCCAAAGCAUGCAGUCAAUUUUGACGACGUACAGAGAGUGGUAAAUUUCAUUCUGGGUUACGCCGAGGAACACGGCCUCCCUCAGCCUGCGGCCCCUAGAGGUAGGGAUGAUGAGCCUCCCAUAUUUCUUCCUUGUAAUUCUACAAAAAAAGCUAUUCAUGGCCAGUACAAGUCGGCAUGUGAUUCAGAUGAUAUAAGGAAAGUAGAAUACCACACUUUUACAAAUAUAUGGAACUCCUGUUGUUCGCAUAUUAAAAUAUGCGGUCCUCGUUUUGAUGUAUGUCAUCAAUGUGAAUUACUGAGGAAAAGAGUACUUGAUGCAAGAUCAGAAGAAGAGAAGUUAGAGGCCUUAACAAAAUUUCAAAGUCACAUCGAUAUAGCACAGAAAGAAAGAAAUCUCUACAAAAACUCGGUUAAAGAAUCGCUAGAAGAAUUGAAAGGUAUCAAUCGCCAGGAACAUCACAACCAACCGUUGUCCUCUGACUUCACCAAAGUGCACUAUACAUUCGAUUUUAGCCAGAGUGUUGCUUUGCCUCAUCAUGCACGUCAAAUGGGACCCUUGUAUUUUCUUACCUUGAAGAAAGUACACAUAUUUGGGUUUCGUGUUGACGACAAACCUAUGCAAUACAACUAUUUGAUCGGGGAAAACGAAACACUUGGACUGGAUGGGACGCAUUCGCAUGGCCCCGAUACAGUUAUUUCCUUGGUGCAUCAUGGCCUUGGCAACUAUGGAUAUGGAGAAAAAGAGUGUUUGAUCCAUGCCGAUAAUUGUGCAGGUCAAAACAAGAACAAGUUCCUGAUUGCGUACUUUGCAUGGCGAGUGAUUACUGGUUUGCACCAUCAAAUUACUUACCUAAUGCAGGUUGUUGGACAUACACGAUGUCUGAUUGACGCAGGUUUUGCAAGGGCAAAAAAGUUGUUUCGUCGCACCGACUGUGACAGUAUGAAUGAACUUCAGGGAGUUUUUGAUCAGUCUUCAACAACGAACAAAGGUAUUCUCUACGACAACGGAACAGAUUCUACAUGGAAAUACUACGACUGGAAAGAGUUCUUGGGCCGUUUCUUCACCUCGUUACCUGGUAUUUCAAAAUACCACUCGUUCCGAUUUCAUGCAGACUUUCCAGGAUUUGUAUUUGUAAAAGAAAAUACUGAUUCGACCGAGAAAAAAAUCAAAAUAUUCAAACCAGAUGCACUUCAGCAGAUACCAGGAAAUUUUCCUAGGGAACUUGCACCCCUCGGAAUGUCCAGAGAAAGAGUGAAGUAUCUUUAUAAGAAGGUCAGACCAUAUGUGCGUCCAAGAUGUCAAGAUGAAUUAUGCCCUCCAUCCCAGACUGAAGAAUAG